AAAAAAAAAAAAAAAAGAAAGCUUUUUUGAUAAUUUACCUUCCCUAUUUAAAUUCCAUUAAUAUUCCAAAAUAAAUAAUUGAAGGGCAAAAGAUUUAUUCUUUUGUUUCCUUUCAUUUGCCAAGUUCCUAAUACUGUAUAUAUUCAGUCCUUAAUUCUGAAAAGGGAAAAGUGUAAUUUUACCGAGUUUUAAUUCUAAAAUAGCUUUUAUAAUGUAGUCCUGUAAUUUAUAAAAAAUUACAAUUUUGGUCCCAUCUAACUUGAAAACCCCAAUUUUAAAAGUCAUGUGUCCAGUAUAUGUAUUUUUUCUGUCAAAAAGGAUUAAAAUUAUUAUUUUUUAAAGUUACGAAAUUAAUUCGUGGUUGACGAAAAUUGGUGGGAUUAAUUUACAUGAUGAAAAUGGCAAAUUUCCCAUUCUGAAAUUCUAACACUUAUUCAUUCUCCAACUCCAACACAAAUUGUCUAUAUAAUUUACUGUCUAUAUUGACGAGAAAGUGCAAAAAACAAUCUGUAAAAAAAUAAGGGGUGAAUUGCAUUUUAUGUUUUUUACAGGGGUUGUUUUGCACUUUUUCAUUAACAAAGGAAUGUAAAUUAUAUUUUAACCCUUUUCAUUUUAUUGCUGCUUUAGCAAGAUUCAAACGAUUAAUCAAAUUUACUUGAAUCUCAAUUCAUGUUAUUAAUAAUUACGGUGAAAUUUCUUUGACAUAUUUAGAAAAGAUUAACAGAAAUCAAGAGAAUGAGGAAAAGCUGAGGAAUAUGAUGAGGUCCCAAAAUUUAGUACCCUAUCAACUUAAAGCAUAGAAUAACAAACUACUUUUUCCAUUGGUCCAUCUUUAUAAUUUUUCCACCCAUUCUCUUUUUUAAGGUAUCCAACAAAAUCCCACAAAAAUAAUUAGAAAAAAAAAGACACACGUAAAAGAGAAAAAGAAAAAAGAAAGAUCCAAAAAUUAAAAUUUUCAAAUAUACAUUAAAUUAUGUUAGAAGAAAAGAGGAAUAAUAGAAACAAGAAUACAUACUCCGUAUGGGAAUGGGUAUCCCAAAACUCUCAAUUCCAUGAAAACUAUCCUUUCUCGCCGAUGGAGAAACAAAUCUCUUUAUAAGGGGAAAAAUUCUUUCAACAAGAAAAUCAAGAUAUUGUCACAAAAGAAAUGUCCAAAGUAAAAUCUGUCAAAAUUGUUGUAAAAUUCAGCAAAUUACAGAAACACUCUUAUUAAACAAUUUCUAGCUCUGUAAAUAUGGUAGAUAAAAGACGAAAUAGUAUUUUGUCUCUACCUACCCUAAAUAAUGUAAAUUUGGAGUAGUAUCCGCUCAUUUGAAAAGGAGGAGAAUGAUUUUUUGGGAAAAGAAUUUUAAUGUAAAAUGUGUUGAAUUGCCCUCUUAAUAUAAAUAUAAUCAAUUUCGUUUUUUAGCAACACCACCCAUGAUUCCCGAUACCAUGAAAAUGAUCUCUUCCCCAAUUUCUCCAGAAUUUCAGGCCAAAUUUUGCUGGAAAUUUGAGUGACAUGGAGCUAUGCUCAAACUGUUUGUGGAACAGUAAUUAGCAGUCAGAGCAACACAUGCAAAAUAAUAACUGUUCCAAAAGUUUCCCUUUUCAGUCAUCAUAAUACUCUUCUGGAUUUCUGACCAAAUUUUCUUGAAUUUGGAGAAAUGGCUACUUCAGGAAGCAGGAGAACUCAUGCAAAUGAUUACUAUUCCCAAGCUUUACCUGAAGUUCAAACUCAAGCGCAAUCUUCAGGGACAGAGCAAAUUCAUAGUCUGCAUCACCAUGCUAACAAUAAUAUUACCAGCAUAAACAGGGGUGGUGGCGAUUCCAUGACCAAAGCUGUAGCGCAGUACACUCUGGAUGCAAGACUUCACGCUGUUUUCGAGCAAUCUGGUGAGUCUGGAAAAUCCUUUGAUUAUUCACAGAGUAUUAGGACUACUAAUCAAUCUGUUCCCGAGCAGCAGAUCACUGCUUAUUUGUCCAAAAUGCAGCGUGGCGGCCGUAUUCAACCCUUUGGUUGUAUGAUAGCCGUCGAUGAUUCGAGUUUUCGUGUAUUAGCUUACUCCGAGAAUGCCCGCGAGAUGCUGGGCUUAUCGCCUCAGUCGGUCCCAACUCUUCAAAGGCCGGAAAUUUUGACUAUCGGAACUGAUGUUAGAACACUUUUCACCCCCUCCAGCUCUGUUUUGCUGGAGAGGGCAUUUGGGGCGCGGGAAAUUACAUUGUUGAAUCCAAUUUGGAUUCAUUCAAAGAAUUCAGGGAAACCCUUUUAUGCAAUUUUGCAUAGGAUAGAUGUAGGGACAGUGAUUGAUCUAGAGCCUGCCAGGACGGAGGACCCUGCCCUUUCUAUUGCUGGCGCUGUCCAGUCGCAGAAGCUUGCAGUUAGGGCUAUUUCCCAUUUGCAGUCACUCCCUGGUGGGGACAUUAAGCUUUUGUGUGAUACAGUUGUUGAGAGCGUGAGGGAGUUGACGGGGUAUGAUCGAGUUAUGGUUUAUAAGUUUCACGAGGAUGAGCACGGUGAGGUUGUGGCAGAGAGCAAGAGACCAGAUUUAGAGCCAUAUAUCGGUUUGCAUUACCCCAGCACGGAUAUUCCACAGGCUUCAAGGUUUUUCUUUAGGCAGAAUAGAGUUAGGAUGAUAAUGGACUGUCAUGCUACCCCCAUCAAUGUCAUUCAGGAUGAAGCAUUGAUGCAGCCUCUGUGUUUAGUAGGUUCAACACUCAGGGCUCCUCAUGGUUGCCAUGCCCAAUACAUGGCAAAUAUGGGGUCAAUUGCUUCGUUGACACUUGCUGUUAUCAUUAAUGGAAAUGAUGAAGAUGGCAUGCGAGGAAGAAAUUUAAUGAGGCUAUGGGGAUUGGUUGUUGGCCAUCACACUUCUGCUAGAUACAUUCCUUUCCCACUUCGUUAUGCUUGUGAAUUCCUAAUGCAGGCAUUCGGUCUUCAACUGAAAAUGGAAUUACAAUUGGCAUCACAACUGUUGGGGAAACAUGUUCUAAGGACACAGACUCUGUUGUGUGAUAUGCUGCUACGGGAUUCACCCACUGGGAUUGUUACACAGAGCCCUAGUAUCAUGGACCUUGUGAAGUGUGAUGGGGCUGCACUAUACUACCAAGGGAAUUAUCAUCCUCUUGGUGUCACACCUGCUGAAACACAGAUAAAGGAUAUUGUGGAAUGGUUGUUGAAGUUCCAUGGGGAUUCAACAGGUUUGAGUACUGAUAGUCUAGCCGAUGCUGGUUAUCCAGGGGCAGCCACUCUAGGCGAUGCGGUUUGUGGAAUGGCUGUUGCAUUCAUCACUUCAAGAGAUUUUUUGUUCUGGUUCCGGUCCCAUACCGCAAAAGAGAUAAAAUGGGGUGGUGCAAAGCAUCACCCACAGGAUAAAGAUGAUGGUCAGAGAAUGCAUCCCCGUUCCUCAUUCAAGGCGUUUCUCGAGGUGGUCAAGAGUCGAAGUCUGCCAUGGGAGAAUGCUGAAAUAGAUGCAAUUCAUUCUUUGCAGCUGAUACUACGAGAUUCAUUUGGGGAUGCUGAUGCAGGCAAUUCUAAUGCAGUUGUACAGGCCCAGGUUCGGAACUUGGAGUUACAACGGAUGGAUGAACUCAGUUCUGUAGCCAAAGAAAUGGUUAGGUUGAUCGAGACAGCAACAGCUCCUAUUUUUGCUGUAGAUGUUGAAGGCCGCAUAAACGGGUGGAAUGCAAAAGUUGCAGAAUUGACUGGACUAUCUGUUGAGGAAGCAAUGGGAAAGUCCUUGGUUCAUGAUCUUGUUCACAAAGAAUCCGAAGAAAUUGCUGAUAAGCUUCUGUUUCAUGCUCUGGGAGGUGAGGAGGAUAAGAAUGUUGAAUUAAGGUUGAAGACCUUUGGCACUGAAACCAGUAAGAAAGAUGUAUAUGUGGUGGUCAAUGCUUGCUCUAGCAAAGACCAUACAAACAAUAUCGUUGGCGUCUGCUUUGUUGGUCAGGAUGUAACUGAGCAGAAAGUCGUGAUGGACAAGUUCAUCCACAUUCAAGGUGAUUACAAGGCAAUUGUACACAGUCCCAACCCUCUGAUCCCACCUAUAUUUGCUUCAGAUGAGAACACCUAUUGCUCCGAGUGGAACACUGCUAUGGAAAAGCUCACCGGUUGGAGUAGAGGGGAUAUCAUUGGGAAGAUGUUAGUUGGGGAGAUAUUUGGAAGUUGUUGUCGGCUCAAGGGUCCAGAUGCCAUGACAAAGUUCAUGAUUGUCUUGCACAAUGCAAUUGGUGGCCAAGAUACUGACAAGUUCCCGUUUUCUUUUUUUGACCGAGACGGUAAAUAUGUGCAAGCUCUUUUGACCGCGAACAAGAGAGCAAAUAUGGAAGGCCAGAUUAUAGGAGCCUUUUGCUUCAUGCAGAUUGCAAGUCCUGAAUUGCAGCAAACUCUGACUGUCCAGAGGCAAACUGAAAAGAAGUGUGUUUCAAAGAUGAAAGAGCUGGCUUAUAUUUGUCAGGAGCUAAGAAAUCCAUUAAGUGGUAUCCAGUUUACUAAUUCACUCUUGGAAGCCACAAAUUUGACAGAAGACCAGAAACAGUUACUUGAAACCACUGCUACUUGUGAGAAGCAAAUGUUAAAAAUUGUAAAGGACGUUGAUCUGGUAAACUUUGAGGAUGGUUCAAUGGAGCUUGAGAAAGUGGAAUUUGUACUUGGGAGUGUAAUAGAUGCUGUUGUUAGUCAAGUAAUGUUAUUGCUGAGAGAAAGAGGUCUGCAACUGGUCCGCGAUAUACCAGAGGAAGUCAAGACCCUGGUUGUCUAUGGUGAUCAAGUUAGAAUUCAACAGAUCUUAGCUGAUUUCUUACGGAACAUGGUGCACCAUGCACCAUCUCCAGGUUGGGUAGAAAUGCAACUUAAACCAAGUCUGAAGCAAAUUUCUGACGGUAUAACCGUCGCACACAAUGAGUUCAGAAUUAUAUGCCCCGGUGAAGGUCUUCCACCCCAACUGGUCCAAGACACGUUUCACAGCAAUCGAUGGGUGACUCAGGAAGGCCUAGCACUAAGCAUGUCCAGAAAAUUUUUGAAGCUUAUGAAUGGAGAAGUUCAAUACAUCAUAGAAUCAGAAAGCUGCUAUUUCCUUAUCAUUCUUGAGCUACCUAUGCGUUGAACUGAACAAGACGCGUAUUUA